AGUAGAAGUGCAGUGAGUGUGUGCGACUGCGCGGUCUUGUUGUUGUUACGCGUAGCACGCAGCACUUUUGCUGUGAAGAUGCGCAUCGAAAAGUGUUAUUUUUGCUCGGGUCCGGUGUACCCGGGACACGGAGUUAUGUUUGUGCGAAAUGACUGCAAGACAUUCAGAUUCUGCAGAUCAAAAUGCCAUAGGAAUUUCAAGAAGAAGCGUAAUCCCAGAAAGACCAGAUGGACCAAAGCAUUCCGAAAGGCAGCUGGAAAGGAAUUGACAGUGGAUAACUCUUUGGAGUUUGAGAAACGCAGAAAUAUACCUGUUAAAUAUAACCGGGAGAUGUGGGACAAGACAGUUGAAGCGAUGAAGAAGGUGGAAGAAAUAAAACGGAAACGGCAGGCAAGGUUUAUCAUGAACAGAUUAAAGAAGGGCAAAGAGUUAGAGAAGGAAGAGGCCAUCAACGAAGUGAAGAAGAAUAUUCACCUCAUCAAAGCUCCACACGCAGGAAAACCCAAACAAAUGGAAGAGAAAAUGUUGCAGAAAUUACAAGAGGAUGCAGAUAUGGGAGAUGAAGACAUUUGAAUGUGUUGGUUGUUGCGUAAGAUACUGUGUUGAUUGACUUCAGUAGACUAUCAUUUGGUUUGGGAACCAACAUUUUACAAAUGCUUCAUAACGGACUCUGCAGUGCAUCCUGUUUUAAGUGGUGUACAGUGGCUGGUUGCAUUGAUCCACUUAAGACCUGUGUGGAGGCUCGUAUGUGUGUUAGUUCAGUAUCCUUUUGCAUAACAAACUAUUACAUUAUUGCAAAAAAAAGACCUCAGACGACAGAAUAAACACUUCAUCGUUGAAAAACAAACAA